AGUUCAGCCUCUCCUGGUUUCCUCCCCUCAAUACUCUUUAUCCCGGGGUCACUGUCUCCAGCUAAGCACUAGGUACAAUGGGGACUCCUAAUGAUCAAGCAGUUUUGAGAGCCAUCUUCAGCCCAGACACCCCAUUUGGAGAUGUUCCUGGUUUGGACCUUGGAGAAGAUCAAAUAGAGAAAAAUCAAGUGGCGGAUGAAGAUGACACCUUUCCUGGGGACCUGCUGGAACAGACCAAGAACCUAGAGUUACAGGGGGUGACAGCUGCUGAGGCUGGGAACCUGAGCACGGCCCUUGAGAAAUUCAGUCAGGCUAUCAAUCUGCUGCCUGGCAGAGCCUCAGCCUAUAACAAUCGAGCCCAGGCCCGAAGACUCCAGGGAGAUAUGGCAGGUGCACUGGAGGACCUGGACUAUGCCAUUCUGCUGAGUAGGGGCCAAGGACAGGUGGCAUGCCAGAGCUAUGUCCAGCGGGGGCUCUUGUCCCGGCUGCAGGGCAGAGAUGAUGAUGCCAGGAGCGAUUUCGAGAAAGCAGCGCAUCUGGGUAGCCCCUUUGCCCGACGCCAGCUGGUCUUGCUCAACCCUUAUGCGGCUCUGUGUAACCGGAUGCUGGCUGAUAUGAUGAGGCAGCUGCAGGGCAUCAGUGAGCCCUGAGAACAGGCACCCCCUGCCUGGGUAUCCACCCUUCUUGGCAGACCAGAAAGGGGGGGGGAGGGGACGACAGCAUUUAUCUUGAGCCCACUAACUGAAUAAAGACGCCUUUCUUUGAGUCUGA